CCCUGGGGAGAAGGGGGGUGUCCUCCCUCCCGGGGACCUGACACCGCGUCGCGGCCCCAACCGCCCUGCACCGCUGGCCGAAGGAUGCUGCAGCUCCGGGGGCGGGACCAGCAGGCGACUGCCGGAGACUCCAGCUCCGAUUGGGUGCCGCCGUGAACGGCAACGCGCGAUUGGUCGAUCCAGAAGCAGGGGCGGGGCCUGGCUCCUGCAGCCGGGUGGCGGGGCAGCUGGGGAUGCGGCCAGAGCCCGGGAAGCUGCUGCGGGGGCCAUGGCCGCCCCGAGCCCGGGGCCCCACGAGGUCCUGGCCCCCUCUCCAGAGGCGGGAGGCAAAGCCGUCACCUCGCGUUCUGGCCGCCGGGGCCUGCUCUGGCGUCUACGAGACAAGCAGCUGCGCCUCGGCCUGUUUGAGAUCAGCCCGGGACAUGAGCUGCACCGGCUGACGUGUAUGAUGCAGGCAGGGCUCUGGGCUGCCACACAGGUCUCCAUGGACCACCCGCCCAGGGGUCUGCCCACUGAGGACGACUUCUCCGAGGUCCUGACCCAGGUCCACAAGGGCUUCGAGCUGGGCACCCUGGCUGGCCCUGCCUUCGCCUGGCUGCGCCACUCCCUAGGCCUGGCCGAGGAGGACUAUCAGGCCGCCCUGGGGCCCGGGGGCCCCUACCUGCAGUUCCUCAGCACCUCCAAGAGCAGCGCCAGCUUCUUCCUGUCCCACGACCAGCGCUUCUUCCUGAAGACCCAGCGGCGCAGGGAGGUGCAGGCGCUGCUCGCCCGCCUGCCCCGCUACCUGCAGCACCUGCAGCGGCACCCGCACUCGCUCCUGGCGCGGUUGCUGGGAGUGCACAGCCUGCGGGUGGCCCGGGGCAAGAAGAAAUACUUCAUCAUCAUGCAGAGCGUCUUCUACCCCGCCGGCCGCAUCGCCGAGAGGUAUGACAUCAAGGGCUGCGAGGUGAGCCGCUGGGUGGAGCCGGCCCCUGAGGGCAGCCCCCUGGUCUUGGUGCUGAAGGACCUCAACUUUCAGGGCAAGACCAUUGACCUGGGGCCCCAGCGGAGCUGGCUCCUCCGGCAGAUGGAGCUGGACACCGCCUUCCUCCGGGACCUCAACCUGCUGGACUACAGCCUCCUGAUGGCCUCCCAGCACCUGCAGGAGGACGAGAGGGGCCCAGGCAGCAGCCUCAUCUUCCGCACAGCCAGGUCUGUGCAAGGGGUACAGAGCCUGGAUGAGCCGGGAGCGCAGAACCUUCGGCUGCUGCCUGAUGGCCCCAACGCCCUUCACAUCUUGGACGGCCCGGAGCAACGCUAUUUCCUGGGCCUUGUGGACCUCGCCACCGUCUACGGGCUCCGCAAGCGACUGGAGUACCUGUGGAAGGCGCUGCGCUACCCCAACCGGGCCUUCUCCACCGUCAGCCCGGCUCUCUACGCCCGUCGCCUCUGCCAGUGGGUGGAGGCGCACACCGAGUGACUGGCGCGGGGCCGCGCUCUCCCCAUCUGGACAAUGGGCACAGGCCCGGAAUGCAUGUGCCAGCUUGGUCGGUCGGGCUCCCCCAGCCUGCUGUUCCUCCAGCGGGCCUCCAGAGGGCAGCCUUCUCCAACUAAUAUGACAACCUUAUUUAAUGGCGAUGCUGUGCCUGGCUGGUAUUUUGCCAGGGACUCGCCAUAUUAGCUCAUUUUAUCCUCAAAAAAAAAAAAAAAAAAAAAAAAAAGCUAUUAUUCUCUUUUCACAGACCAUGAGAUGGAGGCUCAUGGGGUGAAGGGACUGAGCAAGAUCACUCAGCAGUAAAUGCUGGAACCAGGACUCGACUGUGCCUUUUGGACUCAGGAGCCUGUAUUCUUACCAGCUCCCACAGCCCUGUCCUCAUGCUCUCAGAAAGAGGGGAGGCUGAAGGCUCCAGCCCAGGCCCUUUGUCAUACAGAUGGGGAAACCGAGGCCCAGAGAUUUUAAGGGGCGUAUGCACGGGAGACUCCAGCCGGCCUCUGACCUCAGUCCAAGCCGACCAUGCCCAAGCCGGCCUUUCCUCUAGUGCUGCUCUGGGGCCUGUGACCAGGGCAAGGUGUUAACCUUCUCUGUGCCUCAGUGGUCUAAUCUGUAAGAUGGAAGGAUGAAAAUGGACCUCAUUCACGCAUUAAAUAUUUAUUGAGCAUCUGCUAUGUGACAGGCUGGGCUUUGGGGACCUGGGAGGGGAGCACAGAUUUCACCUUCACAGAACUCACAGCCUGGGGUGGGGGUGGGAGGUGGGGACAGAAGUGGCCUGGUGUAACAAAGCCUUGUGAAGGACCAUGGGGCCAUGGGGCUCAGGAAGGGGCCCCCACCUCAGUAGUGGAUGGGUGGGGUUGUUUCUAACCUCUAAACUGAGAUGAGAAGAGUCAGCUGUCAGGCGCUGGGAGGGUCCCAGGCUAAGGGCACAGCAAAGGGCUGGGGUGAGAGAGUGCCUGACAUCCUAUGUAAUAAAAGGGUAAUAUGCAAAUUGACCAGGAAUGAUGCGGAACGACCGGUCACUAUGAUGCGCACUGAACACCGGGGGACAGAUGCUCAAUGCAGGAGCUACCCCCUGAUGGUCGGUGUGCUCCCACCGAUCAGCCAGAAGCCAGGAUGUCCGACUGGGAUAUCCACGGGGAGUGGGCCUAAGCCAUCAGUCAGACAUCCCCCGAGCGCACCCAGGCUGCCAGAGGGAUGUCUGACUGCCAGCUUAGGCCUGAUCCCCUGAGGAGCAGGCCUAAGCUGGCAGGUAGACAUCCUCCAAGGCAGUGGCUCUCAACCUUCUGGCCCUUUAAAUACAGUUGCUCAUGUUGUGACCCAACCAUAAAAUUAUUUUCAUUGCUACUUCCUAACUGUAAUGUUGCUA